AUGGGUAACGAUGGCGGUACAAUUGCCAAAAGACAAGAUAUACUAUCAUUGCAUAAUGCCAGAUCCGCACACACCGCGUUUGCUGAAGAUAAAGGGGAGAGCAAGGAACAAAUAUUGCUCCAAAGUUGCGCGUUAUCAGGUCUACCAUUGUACGAGAAUAAUCCUAUAGUGGGCGACUUUAAAGGUAAAUUAUACAUCAAAGAAAAGAUUCUACAGUACAUGCUAGAUUGCAAGUUAGAUAAACUUAAAAGACAGUUGCAGUUUCAACACUUGAAAUCCUUGAAGGACUUGCAAACUGUCAAAAUUACUUGGGACGUCAUCAACGACAUUGCUCAUUUUCAAUGUCCUGUCACGAAAGAGUUGGAUUACAAGGCAUCGUAUUCAUACUUACGACCAUGUGGCUGCGUGAUGUCAUACAAAUUGUUGAAGGAGUUGAAAAAGUCACUAAAGUCACUAAAGUCACGAGAAACUUCCACCCACAUCGAGGCUCAUUGCCCUGUGUGCAAUCACGAAUUUACAUUUGACUACGAUCUAGUCAUUAUUAAUCCCACUGACAAGUCCGAUUUCAGCGAAUUCAAUGAGGAAAACUACGAGUAUUUGAGAACCGUGCUUCAUCUAAGUCACGCCAAAGAGCCACUAAAGAAGAAGAAGAAGAGAAAGAGUGAAAGCGAGGAUGCUGAAGAGGUCAAAGACGACCUUAUACGAAAGAGGAAAAUGGAUACAGAUGAUGGUUUAGAAACGGGGAAACGAAUUAGAGCUUAA